CAUUCUUUUCCGCUUUACCAACUUCACCUUAUCCACGCUCUCCCGCCCCGACCGAUCUACACCUGUCAACUACCUGUCAAUAUCUUCUCGCUCGAUUGACAACACCCGGAUUUCACCCCUCAAAUCAAAGAAGCCUGCGCUCUGCAGCUAUCGCCAUCAUGGAUUUCGCCGCGCUCAUGUCCAAAGAGAUCUCCAAGGCUAAAGGCCCUGCUGCCUCCAAAGCAAAAGAAAAAGAAGCGCCCACUGAGCCAACGAAGAAAUACCUCCGCCGUGGAGAACUCGAGGCCGCGCGUGUUGCUGCAUAUACCGAGGAGCAAGAGCGAUUACAGCGAGAACGUGAAGAGCGACUCAGUACGAAACGCAAGCUCGAGGAGGAAGAAGCAGAGCGAAAGCGCGACCGAGAGGAGAAGAAACGAAAACUUGCAGAGGAAUCUAAGAAGCGACGGGAAGAGGAAGAAGAUAAAAAGGAACGCGAGAGGCGACGGAAACUCGGUCUGCCCGAAUUGCCAGCCCGUGGCGAGACGCCUGCUAGCGAAGAUGCAGAGGAGGAUAUCGACGAGGAGGAGCUUACGAAGAAGCUACGGGAGCUUGAGGAGCCUGCUCGAUUGUUUGGCGAGAAUCAUCGUGCUCGACUCCGGCGUUACCGUCGUCUGGUGAAGCGAGCUGCGACUUUGCAGAAGCUGUCGGAUGGCCCCAUUCCUACAAUCCUGGAGCCCGUCCCCGGUGGUCAAAUGAUUAUCGAAGCCAAACCCCCGAAGGAUCAGGAUGGCCGACAGUUCCUGUUCCGACAACUGGCGUCAUACUUCAAUAUGGUCCUGUCCGAGUGGGAGCUGGCAUUGGCCAAGCGUGACGUGAGCGUACGAGAGAGCUUUCAAGGAAGGCAGGCACUUAAUGCCAUGGUCCAGUCUCGAGAGAAUAUGAAGCCGCUCUUCCGCCGAUUCGAGAGGGGAGAUCUUGAAGAUGGGCUCUUGGAACCGAUUGUGGAAAUCGUGCACAAGGCCCAGCAGCGGAGAUACGUCGAUGCCAAUGACGCAUAUCUUCGAGUGAGCAUUGGAAAAGCUGCCUGGCCUAUUGGUGUGACCAUGGUUGGUAUUCACGAACGAUCCGCUCGCGAGAAACUACACCAAAGCGAUCAGCAAGCCCAUAUCCUCAGUGAUGAAGCUACGCGGAAAUACUUGCAGAGUAUCAAACGGUGUCUGAGCUUUGCGCAGGUGCGCUGGCCCCCCGAGGAUCAGCUGCAGAUUAUGGGCUAGGCUCGUCUUUCUGAAAAUUAUGGUAUAUACCCUAGGCUUUUUAGUCUUCAAAUUAAUGGAUGUAGUCUCAGACUAUCGUUGCAUAUGGCAUUACAUGGG